AGCUCCCCUACGCGCGUCUUCCUCCCUGGCUGUGCCUACUUCCUCUGCUUCUCCCUCGCGGUGCCUUGUCCUGCUCGCGGCGCUCGGUCUCUGCUCCAGCUCGCCGAGAUCUCCCUCUCCUUGAGUCCCUUCCCCAGCUCCCUGGCUCGCCGGCAUUUCUCCCUGCACGCUCCCUCUGCCUGGCGCGCCCCUCUCCCUGGUCUCCCAUGGCGCCUCCUGCUUUUCUCUCUCCCCCAUGGCAGGCGCUCCUUCAAGCUCAUUCCCAUGGCCGCCGUCGAGCUUCGUGCGCGCACGUCCAUCUCUUCUGCUCCUCCGGUGCCGUGGCUUCCCAGUUCCUUCCAGCUGGCGCGCGCCCUCGUCUUCUCCCUCUGCUCGUUCGCGCCCAGCCGGGCUCGGCCUCCAUCUCCACCUCGCCUCCAUGGCGUUGCCGUAGAACUUCCUCGCCGCGCCCUGCCAUGGUCUCUCCCUGGGCGCGCGCAGCCGUGCCCUCUGCUCGGAUUCCACUUGGCCGCGCCCCCUGUUCCGUCGGGCCGAUCAAGUUCUUCCCAGCCGCGAAGCUCCCUCGUGUGCACGCUCAGCCGAGGCCCCUUCCUCGCGCUGCUCUUUAUCUCUCUGCUUGGUCGCCCGCUGUUUCCAUGGCGCCCAGCUCAGAUUUUUGCUUGGUCGCCCGCUGUUUCCCUGUGCCGUGGUCUCGCCUGACCGCGUCCUGUCAAGGUUCUUCCUGCACGCGCGCCCUAGUACCCCUUCUCGCUGUCGGGCCGACCGUCGGCAGCUCCCCGGCCUCCGUCGUGCUCGGCAGCAAGUACUUCAUAUCGGUGCUGCAGCUGCAACGCCCUCCUUUGCAUCGUGCUCGCCAGCCUCGCGUCGUCGAUCUACGCAGUUCAUGUCCAGCUAUCGGUUCCGCUUCGGUCGAUCUCCUAUUCGCCAUGGCGUCGAGCUCCUUCAACACUACCCUACACCGUUGUCGUUGUUCCAUCGCCUCGCUUCGAUGCCAGUCCCUACGUGAUGCCUCUGAAUUAUGAUCACGCUGACAAAAGAAUCCCCAAGAGAAGAUGUCCAAAGGUUGGAUGGUGGUGUGCGUGAAGUUCGUGUAGUACCUGCCAAACGCUCGACAAAUUGCCUGAAUCGGAGAAUCAUUACCGAUCUCAGGGAUUCAAGUCAGAUAUUGGAACGGUGAGCUGAUUUGCUAUUCUUAUUGACUGGUUUGAUGGAUGGAUUGA